UCGCCCGAGCCGCCGCGCGGCAGCCCCGGGCCGAGCCGGGCCCCGGGCCCGGCGCGGGAGAAGAGCGCGGGCAAGAGGGGUCCGGACCGCGGCAGCCCGGAGUACCGGCAGCGGCGCGAGCGCAACAACAUCGCCGUGCGCAAGAGCCGCGACAAGGCCAAGCGGCGCAACCAGGAGAUGCAGCAGAAGCUGGUGGAGCUGUCGGCCGAAAACGAGAAACUGCACCAGCGCGUGGAGCAGCUCACGCGGGACCUGGCCGGCCUCCGGCAGUUCUUCAAGCAGCUGCCCAGCCCGCCCUUCCUGCCGGCCGCCGGGGCCGCCGACUGCCGGUAACGCGCGGCCCGGGGUGGGGGUGGGGGGGCAGGAGAGACUCACCAACGACCGAUACCUCAGACCCGACGGGCCCGGGAGCGGAGCGCGCCCCGCCCGGACGCCGCGAGAGCCGCUGGGCGCCGGCCGCAGUGUCUUUGGGACGCGCCCACGGAGGAACCUACGACCUGGACUGAACCACCACUGAACUUCGAGAGAAGCUAUACGUGUUUCUUUCCCCUUAAAUUAUUUUUAUAAUGGUAGCUUUUCUACAUCUUACUCCUGUUGAUGCAGCUAAGGUACAUUUGUAAAAAAAAGAAAGAAAAAAAAAAGGAAACAAACUUUUCAGACAAACCCUUUGUAUUGUAGAUAAGAGGAAAAGACUGAGCAUGCUCACUUUUUUAUAUUAAUUUUUACAGCAUUUGUAAGAAUAAAGAAGCAUUUAAAACCA